CUGCAGAUUGCAUGCAUAUAUGACGAAUUUCAGCACUCCAGUCUUGUAUGUGAUCCUUUCUGAUCCGUAGUCCAGCACUGAGGCUAUGCUAAAUUCGAUUAAGUUAGACUCCGAGAUUUCUAUAUCCCAUCCAAGUCCGGCCAGUUUACGUCCCUAAAGCCGAUAGAUUUCACUGCGUUGGAUGCUAUCCCAACCUAUUCGCUUGUUGAUUUCUCUGUGCCUUUGGGAGGAGACGAGUAGAGGGAGAGAGAGAGAUGCUUGGGCUUUCGUAUGGGGAGUUGUUCUUUAUAGUUGGAGCAACUGCUGCUCUCAUCGGGACUAGGGAUUUGCCCAUCAUCGCGCGAACGGCCGGCAGGUUGGUCGGAAGAGCAAUUGGCUAUGUUCAAUCUGCGCGGGGCCAGAUUGAGAGUGUGCUGCAACAAUCCCAAGUUACCCAGGUUCACAAAGAACUUCAGGACACAAUGGCUCAAUUAGAGGCGAUACGGUAUGAAAUCCGAAGUAUAUCAGUCAUGAACCCUGGUCCAUUGACAAAGAGACUAAUUGAUGGGACAAAUACUAGUCCAUUAAGUAAUACAACCAAUGAAGGUCCAACGCAGAAGACCAGUGAGGAAGAACAUAGAGAGAGUCAUGUUUCAGAGGCAUCAAAUGGUUCAUCCAUGAAUUUCACUUCCCUGGAAUCCCAAGCAACAGCAUACGCACGACUUGCAGAUGCUAUGAACCAAGUCAAAGGACAAACAGAGAAGCUAGACAAUGAAGGCUUACUGGUUGUUCUACCUGUUUCAGCUGAGAGCACUGGGCUCCUCCACAAACAUAAAGGAUGCUGCGGGGCCAUCCUCAUGUAUGAAGUUGCUUCUACUACUCCAUAGUUCUAUGAUGAUUUGCCAAAGCAAAGUCUCCAGCAGUGCACGACCCAGCCACAAUGGAAUCAACAGGCCAUCCACCACUGAUGUUCCCCACGUUGCCUAUCAGAGGCGUCUGUUUAUGAAACUUUCUACAAAUCCAUUGCGAGAUGUUCGCUGGAUGCUUGCGUUGGAACAUGAUAUGGUCAGCUCCAGUUUCCUGCAAACACAAAACCUAUUGGCAUGAUGCUGCCCAAUUUUCUUGAGCCUGUUGAAAGGGGGUCUUUGCAGGCUAGGAACAGGUACCAAGUGGCGCUAGGAGGGUACUGAUAGGUUACUCUCAUGGCCUCCCAGAUGUAGUUCCUUUUUAAUCUCAUGAAAAUGCAAAUCCAAAAGUAGAAGACAUAUCGAAGAGACCAUAACCUUAGCUAAAAUAAAUAAGAGAUUUCCAAAUAUUUAAUGUCUGACCGAUGAAGCAUUCAGUAGUUGGAAACUUGGAACAGGACUGUUUGGUCAUCAUUGGCUGCAUACAUUGCAAUUUUUCAAUUGUAUGUUGUCCAGUGCACAUACACACAGAAACCUGCACCUUUACUUUCGAUGAUAUUUCAUGCUUGCAGAGACAUCAAUAUGGAAUCCAAUGCAAGGAUAUGUAUUACAAUGACAGUGCACAUACACACAGAAACCUGCACCUUUACUUUCGAUGAUAUUUCAUGCUUGCAGAGACAUCAAUAUGGAUUCCAAUGCAAGGAUAUGUAUUACAAUGAAUAUGCAUGACAUUUUUCUGCAAUUAUACUUGGGAUCGUUCCCACCU